AACUGUGCAUCUAAAAUGAGUUGUUUGUUUUUUUGUCAGGAAAAAAAGGGUAUUUGUCCAUUUAUAUAACUUAGUGUUUGUAAACAGAACAAUACAAUUAAAAGGCUGGAGACAAAAGAGGGGGAGGUGCUCCAGUACAACUUAAAAAUAUGACUGCAACAGAAUGUGGUACAAUUAUGCUUCAUAACUAAAGGUACUGAAGAUGCACCCUUGAGGGGAACCACCCCACUGACAGUUUAGUACAAUUUUUUUCUAAGAGUGCACAGACACACUCUCACACACACACACACACACACACACAUACAGUCGCGAGAGGAAGAGGGCAAGACGCACGCACAGCAUUUCCUCAAAGAGCGGCUGAACACAGCAGAGCUGCUCAGAUCCGGAGCUUCAGUCUUUGAAGAGCGGGAAAACAAAGUCAGACGAGAUCAGAAAAGAAGAAAAACGAGGUAAACGGACCGCCACGGAUCCUUUCUAAACGGCAUGAUGAUCACAUGAGCUCUCCCUGCUGAUCUUCUAAUGGAUACACUGCUGUUUUUUCAUCGCUGUCACUAUUUCAUGGCUCGCGAGGCGGAUUCAAGCUGAACGAGAUGAUGCCGAACCAAACGCAGGAGGACGCAUUGUCUUACGUGCGCGUGCGGGUGUGGGCGUCUGCGGCUGCCUUUCUCAUCCUCUUCUUCUUCAACCUGCUCAUCAGUUGGACAAUCGUGCGCGAGCCGCGGCUGCGCGGCCACGCGCGGUUCGUGCUCGUCCUCCAGCUGCUCGUGUCCGCGUCCGUCUACUUCGCCCUGUGUUUCGCCUUCCACCUCCAGUUGUACCUGGGCGCGCACCUGCCCCCCGCCUCGUGCGCCACGCUCGUCACGGCGCUCACCACGAGCGCCUGCAGCAUCCUGCUGACCAUCACGGCCAUGGCGCUGGACCGCUACGCGGCCAUCUGCUUCCCGCUGCGCUACGGCUACGCGAGCCGGGGCGCCUGGCCGUGGCUGCUGGGCGCGUUCACGUGGGCGCUCGCUGCAGUCAUUCCGCUCUGCCUGUACCAAAAGGUGCACACAGAGGCCUCGAAGUCCUGCGGCCGCAACACGCUGAAAGGCGGCGAGGUGCACAAGAUCCUGUUGAUCUCCGCGUGCACGCUGUUGAUCCUGUACAGCUACGCGCGCAUCCUGUGGGAAGGGCGCCGCCUGGGCGUGCUGAACCGGCGCAACCGCGCGGCCUGCAGGACCAUCGCGCUGCACGGCACGCAGCUGGCCGUCUACAUCCUGCCCAACUUCGUCAACUUCGUUCUGCACGUGCUGAGAAACAACAAAUCGCUCAGUGAUGCCGCCAAGGAGCGCUUCGCUGUCAUCGCCUUCGUCUUCUUCAGCCUGGCGCAGUGCAUUGCGCCCGUCGUGUACGGACUGCGGAAAGAGGAGCUGCUCGAACAGGUGGGGCACCGCUUCCCCCGCCUGAACUGCAAGCUCAAGAGCCUCCUGGAGUGGACAGUCAGGGCGGUCCAUCCUCACAGAAGACAGCAAAGGGAAAGGAGAAUGACAUCAGAGACUCUUCUAUCAAGGGAGAUAUCACAGACAACUGUAUAACCAUUGGGACUGAUUGCUUUAAUGCAGCUAAAGAAGGCUUAUUCCUUAACUGAACUGUGAAAAGAUUAAACAACCAUGGACUUACAGAAUAAACAAUCUUAAAGGAUUAUUUCUUAACGGAACUGUGAAAUGUUUAAAAGGCCAGAGAAAUGACUUAUUUAUGGACUGAAGAAUCUCAUGUUCAAUUAAGUGGCAGCUACCCGGAGCAAAGCUGAAAGCCUGCAGUUUUUCACUUUAAGACUUUCGCCCCUAGAAAGCUCUGCUCCAUUACUAAGGAUGCUUUGGUGUUCGUCUGGACUCUGGAGAAUAAUAACUAUUUGUACAGUGUCAUUCACACAUUAAAACCCCAUUUAAAUUGC